AUGUCGGGCGGUGUUAAGAGAGACCGUGACGGCAAUGCUCGUGUGAAGAAUGCAGGCCCGCCGAAGCAGACUGGGCCAAGGGGCAGGUUCCAUGAUAUGUUUGAAGGGUUUCGUGAUGAGCUAGAUGAGCACCAUGAUCGACGGGAGAGGAUUGUGAAGGCAUCGCGAGAUGUUACUGCCCAGAGUAAGAAGAUCAUCUUUACCCUUCAGAGAGUCAAACAUCUCAACAAGGACUUCCCUCCUCACAUCCAACAAGACAUGGAUACACGCCUCGAAGAAAUCUCUAAACUCCUCAACGGAAUCGCACCAGAUGUCCAAAAUGUCAAUCGCUAUCGCUACACCUUCUCCCUCCGCUGUCUUGAAGAGUUCGUUGAAGCUCUCUCUUUCGCACACUACCUCCGCCACCAAACCCUCAUCACACCCACACAAGCACAAGCUGCUAUGCCCAGCGACAUAGCACUCACGCCAAAUGACUACAUGUUCGGUAUCUUCGAUCUAUUUGGUGAGAUGAUGCGCUUUGCGACUGUCACGACAGCUCAGAACGGUGAAUUGGCUGGAGAUGGAGGGCGAAAUAUCAUGAGUGAUAUUCAAGAGCUUGGGUGUGAGUUUGAGAUCCUACCUGAUGUGCCUACCAAGGAUUGGAGAGGAAAGAUGGCUGUGAUGAGGCAGAGCGUCAAAAAGGUUGAGAGGCUAGGGUACGGACUUGUGGUGAGAGGCAGUGAGAGACCUAAGGGCUGGGUGCCGGAUAUGAAGGAUGAUGCUCCUGAGCCUGUGUCGCCGUGA